UUUCUCAGUCUAGAGUGUUAUUCUACAAUAAAAGUCUGUUUUCAUUUGUAUUAUAAAUUAACCAUUUAUAACACUUAAAGCUUGUGUGUAAGAUACCACUUCAAUAGAAAUGGAAACUAAAACGUUAAUACUACCAUCGCCGAGCACAAUCAAACAAAUAUAUAGCAAAUUCGAUACGACGGAUGAAAAAAUGGAUCUCGACGUGAAAAUUCUUAAGGAGUGGAUGCGAAAACAGCCUCACCUUCCUAACCCAGACGAUGAUGAAAAGAUAAUAGAUGAAAAGCGAAUCAAAAUGGUUCUGUUGAUGUGUAAGAAUAGUUUGGAAAAAACCAAAGUCAAGUUGGACCAGCAUUACACUAUAAAACUCUCAGUACCAGAAUGGUUUUCCAACUGGGAUCCGACUUCACCAGAGUUAGUUCAAUCAAUAAAACUAAAUUGUUUCGUCCCAUUACCAAAGCCUACACACGAGGGCCACAGAGUUAGCGUUUUUUAUAGGAGUACUCAAGAUACCAAUAAUUUUGUAACUGAUGAUUAUACUAAAUUGAGUUAUAUGACAUAUGAUCUCAGAACCGCCAAGUUAGACACCUGGGUAAAGGAUAUAUACAUAAUUGAUUGCAACAAUACUACAAUGAAUCACGUAACACCAGCGUUACCCAUUGUGAAGAAAUACAUGGAAAGUUCAUUUGCGGCAUUUCCAGUACGGCUACAUGAAAUUCACGUAAUUAAUAUAAAAAGUUUCUUAACUCCAUUUAUUAGUUUACCAUUAAGUUUUAUGAAAAAGAAAAUUGCCGACAAGGUGUUUGUUCACAAAUCCAUUGAAGAAUUGAAAAAUUUCAUCGAUCCUAGUAUUCUUCCACUUAACUACGGUGGAACUUAUCCAAAGACGAUUGAAGAAAUAAUAGAUGACUGGGGUGAUGAAUUGAUAAAGCAUCGAGAAUGGUUUAUGACACAAUCGUCAAUUGUUGCAGAUAACAGUAAACGCCCAAAAAAUUCUAACAAUCAAUUGGAUUAUUUUGAAAACUCAAUUGAAGGUUCAUUUAGGAAAUUAGAAGUCGAUUAGUAAUGAUUCAUUGUCAGUUAAUAAAAAUUAGUUUAAUUCUUCAAGAAACCAUUUUAACUGCGCAUAAUAGUGCAUCAUAUAUCUGUUGAUAUUAUCUCAGCAAUAUAUUUAUUUAUGUGUAUUUACAUUAAAAUUUUCUGGUUGAAAAGUAUUUUGUUUUUCUAAAAACUUAUUGUAAUAUUAUGUAGUAUAAAAAUGUAUGUAUAGGGUUAAUUUAUUUAGUUGUGUUGUUGUAUAAAUAUGAAAAACAAUGUUACAUUUUUAAAUAGGUAUUACAAUUGGUGUAAGUAGCAUAUGAGAGUAUAGUUUGUUAACUGUAGUUUUUUUACAUUAUAAAAUAUUGUUAUAAAA